UAUAUAUAGAGGGAUGAAAGCUACAGUGACGUAAGCUAUCAUCAAAAAUCAAAAUCAGAGAUUGUUUUGAGAGAAGAAAAUGUCUGGAGUUGGACCAAUCACGCAGGAUUGGGAACCAGUGGUGAUCCGCAAGAAGGCUCCCAACGCUGCCGCCAAGAAGGACCAGAAGGUCGUCAACGCCGCUCGGCGUUCUGGCGCUGACAUUGAAAUUAUAAAAAAAUCAAAUGCUGGUUCAAACAAAGCAGCCUCCAGCAGCACUUCUUUAAACACAAGGAAGCUUGAUGAAGAAACUGAGAACCUAACUCAUGAACGAGUGCCAACUGAGUUGAAGAAAGCCAUCAUGCAGGCUCGAAUGGACAAGAAACUUACCCAGGCUCAACUUGCUCAGUUGAUCAAUGAGAAGCCCCAGAUAAUACAAGAGUAUGAGUCUGGAAAAGCAAUUCCUAAUCAACAGAUAAUAGGAAAACUGGAGAGGGCUCUUGGUGCGAAGCUGCGAGGGAAGAAGUGAAAGCUGACUUUGGACACAGCUGGGAGCUAUAAAGUUAUCCAAGUGUCUCUGGAGUUUUAAGACUGGUGAUGUACAUGAACUUCUUCUAUCAUUAAUAUGGCUCGCAUGUAAGAAACAUGAUCUUUGCUUCGUGUGGAGACUUGUAAUGUUGGAGUUGGAAUCUGAAUUUGUCCUUGUUCUUGCAUGAUCGUUGUUCUCUCAAGUUAUUGGUUGUUCUUUCGCACUUGCAAGUUGUAGAGCAACAACUGCUUCUCUGAUUUCAAAUUUGUAUCAAAUGAAAAGCAAAAAGCAUCUUUUGGUCCUCUCA